AUGAAUUUCUGUACUCUCCUAUCCCUCCUUCUCGGAUUCUUCUCUUGUUCUCUGUUCGUCAAUAAUGGCCUCGUCGCCGUCCAAGCUCUCCAUAAAGUCUACCCUGAAUUACAGUCUCUCGAAAACAAUGAUACCGAGAUCAAGCAGCUCUAUCGAACCGGUUUCCAUUUUCAACCUCAUCGUCACUGGAUGAACGACCCAAAUGGUCCCUUCUAUUUCAAGGGAAUCUACCAUCUUUUCUAUCAGUACAACCCCGAAGGUGCGGUUUGGGGGAAUAUUGUUUGGGCUCACUCAGUUUCCAGAGACCUUAUCAAUUGGAAGUCACUCAAACCCGCGCUUUCCCCUUCGAAGCCCUUUGAUAUCAAUGGCUGCUGGUCUGGCUCUGCCACCGUCCUCCCCGGCUUCAAGCCCGUCAUUUUAUACACCGGAAUUGACUCCCAGAAUCGCCAGGUACAAAACUACGCCAUUCCAGCAAACCUCUCCGACCCGCUUCUAAUCGAGUGGGUCAAACCGGAUAACAACCCAAUUGUUGAACCGGGUACGGAGGUCAACGCCAGCGCCUUCCGGGACCCAUCAACGGCGUGGCUGAGCUUCAACGGUCACUGGAAGACCAUCAUUGGCAGCAGGAGCGAGCAGACGGGAAUGGCUUAUUUGUACAGAAGUAAAGAUUUUUUGAAUUGGACUAAGGCGGAACAACCUUUACAUUCUGUCCCGAAUACGGGAAUGUGGGAGUGCCCUGAUUUCUACCCAGUCGUCCGCUUUGGGAGAUUUGGAUUGGAUGCGUCGGUUACUGGAAAUUGGGUUAAACAUGUGUUAAAGGUGAGCUUGGAUCUGACUAGAUAUGAGUAUUAUACGGUGGGGAAGUAUUAUCCGACGACAGACAAGUAUGUUCCGGACAAUACCUCGGCGGAUGGGUGGAAUGGGCUGAGAUAUGACUAUGGCAAUUUCUAUGCUUCCAAGUCGUUCUAUGAUCCAAUGAGGAAGAGGAGGGUUUUGUGGGGUUGGGCUAAUGAAUCUGAUAGUGUGCAGGAUGAUGUUUCUAAGGGAUGGGCUGGAAUUCAGGCGAUUCCUAGGACGGUGUGGUUGGAUCCCAAUGGAAAGCAGCUCUUACAAUGGCCUAUUAUGGAGCUCAAUAGGUUGAGAUGGAAGAGGGUUAUGAUGAUACAUCAGGAGCUAGUUAAGGGACAGAAUAUCGAGAUCAAAGGAAUUACUGCCGCUCAGGCUGAUGUUGAAGUUAUCUUUAGCUUUUCGAGUUUGGAUAAAGCGGAGGCAUUUGAUCCAAGUUGGGUGGAUGCACAAGCCGUGUGCAGUCAAUUCGGAUCGACGGCCCAAGGUGGUGUUGGACCCUUUGGGCUUCUGACUCUGGCUUCAGAAAACCUCGAGGAAUUCACUCCUGUAUUCUUCAGGAUCUUCAAGGCCGAACAAAACCACGUGGUUCUUAUGUGCUCUGAUGCAAGAAGCUCUUCUUUGAAGGAUGGACUAUACAAACCAACAUUUGCAGGCUUUGUCGACAUUGAUUUGUCGAGUAAAAAGCUCCUGUUACGAAGCUUGAUUGAUCACUCGGUGAUAGAGAGCUUCGGAGGAGGAGGAAAAACAUGCAUAACUUCGAGGGUAUACCCAACAAAGGCCGUGUUUGAGGAUGCUCAUUUGCAUGUGUUCAACAAUGGAACAGAGACUAUCACAGUGGAGUAUCUAGGCGCUUGGAGUAUGAGAAGUGCUUGCGUGAACUAACUACUUUUCUAAGUUAGAACAACUUUCUAAGAGCUUAGAACGUUAGA